UGCGCACGAUGACAUUACAGGCGUAACUCGUUAUUUGCUUACUGCUUGUUCUCAAAAUCAUUUUAUUAAUUCACUGGGUUGGCACCAAUAUUAGAACACACAUUUCAUCAGCAUUACAUUUUCUAGCUGAAAACAAAUUCAAUUGCUUUGCAUGUUCAGCGCAGCGGUCCACUUACUACUCAAAGUUGAGGUCCUAUUUCUCAAAAAUAAUAGGAGUAGUACUAAUUAUCAUUAUUAUUUAAUAAGGGUGACCAUGUAAUAAUAAUAAGUUGAAGCUGGCGACACGUACUCGUGCCCUGCACUGAAUCCAUUUCUGGUGUAAAGAUUCAUACUAUGACUUAUCAAAGAUUGUUGGCAGCGGCCUUCGUUUUGUUGAUCCAGGCAGAUCUCUUAGCCUUGGGCCAAACCGUUUGCGGCAGCAACGGUAAUUACACGAGCAACAGCCUAUACAGCGCUAAUCUGAACGCCACUCUCUCCUCUCUGUCUACAGGCAUCGACGGCAAUGGUUUCUACAACGCCUCAAUCGGGCAGGGAGCCGACAGAGUCAACGCCAUCGCGCUGUGCAGAGGCGAUGUUCAACUCAACAAAUGCCGCGACUGCGUGCAAACAGCCGCCGCCAAGAUCCUGGAUUCGUGCCCGACUCAGAAGCAGGCCUACCUCUUGGAUGAAUUCUGCACCUUACGAUACUCGAACGCUACCAUCUACGGGAUUCCGGCGACUGAUGGUGUCGCAAUGAUGUUGAGGAAUGGACAGAACGUGACGAGCCCAGAGCAGUUUAAGGCGGACCUGAGGGCGUUGCUCGAUAAUCUUCGGAGAUUGGCCGCUGCCGGCUCGUCUCUGAGGAAGGUGGCAGCUGGGAAUGCAAGUGGACCUGAUUUUCAAACCAUUUUUGGAUUAGUCCAGUGCACCCCUGAUUUGUCAUCGGGGGAUUGUACUGCUUGUUUGAUUGUUACCAUUUCAGCGAUACCCCAAUGUUGUGACGGGAAAAAAGGAGGUAGAGUCCUCAUGGCCAGCUGCAAUCUUCGUUUUGAGACCAUUCCCUUUUUCAAUGAAACUAGGCUUCAAGAACUAGAGUCUGUGCCUUGGCCGCCUCCGCCUCCACUGUCAUCGCAGCCAGGAAAGAAAAAUGGUAGCACGACUCGAACUAUUAUCAUAAUUGUGGUUGCAAUUGUUGCGUGCUUCAUACUGGCUAUAUCAGCUAUCAUCUUUCUAAGAAAGAGAAAGAAACAGAAACCAACGGAAAUUCCUCAAUGUAAGUUAAUGAUGUUUUUCGUGCACAUUCAUUCCGGCGCAUAUUCGACUCAAAUGUUUCUUUAUAAUUUUGUUGAAGCUGUGGACGAGAUUAGCACAGCCGAAUCUCUGCAGUAUGCUUUCAGCACAAUCAAAGCCGCAACAAAUAAUUUCUCUGAUCAUAAUAAGUUGGGCCAAGGUGGAUUUGGAACUGUUUACAAGGGGAAACUUCCAAAUGGUCAAGAAAUUGCCGUCAAAAGAUUCUCGGAGGAUUCUGGGCAGGGCGAUCUGGAAUUUAAGAAUGAGGUUCUCUUAUUGGCUAAGCUUCAACAUAGGAAUUUGGUUAGAUUAUUGGGUUUCUCCCUAGAAGGAAUGGAGAAGCUGCUAGUAUAUGAAUAUGUUCAGAAUGGAAGCUUGGAUAACUUCAUAUUCGACUCAGUGAAGCAUUCAGAUUUGGAUUGGGAUAGACGUUACAAGAUCAUAGUGGGCAUUGCAAGGGGAAUCCUCUACUUGCAUGAAGAUUCUCGUCUGAGGAUCAUUCACCGCGAUUUAAAAGCCAGUAAUAUACUUCUAGAUCGAGAGAUGAGCCCCAAAAUUGCUGACUUUGGUAUGGCAAGAUUGUUUGUACAAGAUGAAACGCAAGGAAAUACAAGUCGAGUUGUGGGAACAUACGGAUAUAUGCCACCGGAAUACCUAAUACACGGGCAGUUCUCUAACAAGUCCGACGUCUUCAGCUUUGGAGUAUUGGUCCUCGAAAUCAUCAGCGGCCGGAGAAACAAUGGUUUUCGAAGCGGGGAUGAAAGCGUAGGAGACCUCGUGAGCUUCGCAUGGAAAAGUUGGAAAGAAGAAAGAGGUGCAGAUGUAGUGGAUCCGUUUUUGAGGAGUGGUUCGGGGUCGACGAAUGAGAUGCUGAGAUGUACCCAUAUUGGUUUGCUGUGUGUUCAGGAAGAUGCGGCUUAUCGGCCGACCAUGGCGGCUGUGGUGCUUAUGCUCAGUAGCUUCUCCAUAACCUUGGAUUUACCUUCAGAGCCUGCAUUUUACUCUGCCACUGCUUAUGCUUCGGAUGCUUCACUUAUUCACAACUCAGACUCCACAAAAAUGAAUUCUCCUCAGCCGUCUCAUCACUCCUGCCGCUCCUCGCAAAAUGAAGCCUCCAUUACCGACUUACAUCCCCGCUGAUAUUUUUCGCCAUCAAUUGAUUUUUAUUUAUUCUUUGUUAAUCCUCUGCUUUGCCAAAUGAAGUACUCCCUCCCGUCCAUGAAAAAUAGUUUCAUUUGGGGUUCGGUUCGGAUUUUAAGAAAGUUAUUAAAGUAAGUGUAAGUGAGAUAAAUUAAAGGUAUAAUUUGUAGGGGUAUUAUUAGUAAUAGUUAUGCGCUUAUUGAUGGACAAGAUAUGAGGAUUGUUUUUAGUGAAUAUUGUAUGUGUUGUUAGAGCAAUUCCAAAAUGCUUUUACAACUAGUUGUCCUCCUGUGUGACGUAGGACGCGCAGGCAGGACAUAUUGUAUAAGUUUUCAAUUUUUAAAUUUUGUAAAAAUGUCAGCAUUAUUUAUGAGUUAGAUUAAUAAAUAAAAAAUUAAUUUAUAUUAAUUAAA